AUGGAGUUAAUGAAGAUUGUAUAUAUUUGGACUGUAUUGUCGUUUGUUUUGCUGCAAAGUGCGAUGGUGGGAACUGAACAGAGUGCAUUCGAAUUGCCGGUCCAGUUGGUGGGGUUCCCUUUCAUAAUAUUAGCGGUUAGGAUCACCAAUUUCAUCAAGAAGCUUUCGUACGCCUUGAACCCAGCGACAUACCGAUCCAGAAAUCGUCGGGAGUUGACAUUUGCAAGCGAGACUUCCGAUCCAUUUGAUGCGCAAGAGGUGGAGAAAUAUAUCACGGCUGAAUUCGGCGCACGAUCUUGCGUAUUUGAGCGCGUCUGUUCGCAUUAUGCGACGCGGGCCCGCACACAGCCGAGACCGCAAAUGGAUUGGCCUGAUGUAUUUAGCCAAUACAAGCGUUCGCCAGAUCAAGCCAAGGAGCUGUAUUUAUUGAGCGUAUUUCUCGGAGACAUCGUGGGAUCUCCGCAACUUUGUCACCAACUCGGAAAGAGAAGAGGUUGUGAUGAAAAUCUUCUAGGAAACACUAAGUUAUAA